AUGUCACCCGUGCACGUAGUUCAAGCCCGUGUACAAAGUGACAUGCCCGUCUGGAACGACAAGCUGCAGCGUUUUGUGUCGGGCUAUUACGAUGACGCCAAUGAUGCUUAUGUAGGGCUGAUGGACACGGUUAAUACAGCGUCAGUGGAGGGCGCACUCAUGUACAUUCAGGCCGAAGGUAUCAAUUACGACACACGCUCGUCUGAGGAUCGUUGCACGCGCAAGAAUGAAAUGGCCUACAUUGUUUUUUACGAAAUUGCCAUCGCUCAGACGAACGAGUCACUCGCUUUAUACGGGGAGACAGCUAGCCAACACGAAUAUGGUACGAUGGUAGCCAUGGACGCAGGUCGCUGUACACCGAGCUCUACUACAUCUUCAGGCGAAGAAGUUAUUCCUACGGCUUGCUACUAUUUUAGCGGUGACAAAGGGGAACCUGAAGUCGGACCGUUUGUAGGUGGUACGUUAAAAGAAACCGACCCACGUGCCCCGUACCCAAACAAUGUCUGGUACUCGUAUCCAAAUUCAUGUUCCUUACAGAAAUGGACGGACAAGUCAUCCGAAUGUCGUGCGAAUUCUCGAAAGGGACUUUGUGACAUUGGUGUCAUGCCUGAUGGAGUAAGCUGCACCUUUGCCUACCGCGUUUUAGGCUUCAUUACAAUCGAUGAUUUGGUCGGGAUCACGUCGAUGGUGAGUAAUACUACAGGUAAAACGUACCGCAACUUUGAAGAAUUUUGUGAAGAUGGCGGCGUUGAAUUUGAAGCCACUGAGGAUGGAGUCUGGAUUGAUGGAAUUUCGUUUUGGGAAAAUCCCCAAGACGAGGAAGCUAAUGUUGAACGUGCUGCGAAGCUCGUUGAGGCCUAUCACAACCUUACAAGUGGACUUAUCGAGACCUCAAGCCUAAGCUCAAGUAUUAUCAAACACAUGCUGCCUUUGCCGUCGCCACAAGAGCUUGCGGCCGAAAAUCCGCCAUGCUAUCUAAACGUCGAACAAUGCAAUUCUAGGUUUGGGUGUAAGCGCGAGCUUUAUGGCUCAACAUGUACAGUCUGCAAUUCGACAUCGGAAGAUUGCGAAAAGGCACCUAGUGAUUGGAGUUUCCCCACUUUAGAGAAAGCAGUGGGUGAAAAUGGUGGAACUGGUGACGCGACGACUGAUAGCCCCUCAGACAGAGAUUCAACCUCAUCUGGUCGUGGCGACUCGAGCUCUGCUAAAAUCGUCAUCUCGUCUGUUUUUUUGUCGACGGUUCUGGCUCUGGCCUCAAUUGUAUUGUUAUAG